AUGCCGCCCUCCCGUUUCUGCACGACCUGCGCUCAAAAUGUGCAGGUCGAGCACGACGACGCUAUGGGCCACGUCGUCUGCAUGGGCUGCGGUGGAGUCCUGGAGGAGAACGCCAUUGUCGCGGAAGUCGGGUUUAUGGAGAAUGCGAAAGGAGCUGCCAUUGCCGAGGGUUUCUCUAUGGGGCAUGAUAAAGGCCAUAGUACUCACAGCGUCCCGCUCUUUUUCCUCCUGCUCCUCACGAAAACAGCCCGUCUUGUACGCAAGACACAAGGAGGAGGUGGCCGGGCGGGACGGUCGCUGCUGUCGGGACAGGAUUCCCGAGACACAACCAUUCAGAAUGGAUACCGGAGGAUACAGGAAAUUGCACAGCAGCCACAAAUCAAGCUGCGGAGUCGUCACACUGAGCAAGCAGAGCGGACGUUUAAUCUGGCCGUCAACAUGAAUUUCACAAAAGGAAGGAAGCUGAACCAUGUUGCCGCUGCGUGUCUGUAUAUCGCCUGUCGGUACGAUAAGACUGCGCAUAUGCUUAUCGACUUUUCGGAUGCUCUUUCUGUCAAUGUAUAUCAGCUCGGGGCCACAUUUCUCAAACUAGCAAAUCUUCUCCGACUGUCAGAUCUGCCCAUUGUUGACCCAGCGCUAUACAUAUCUCGAUUCGCGGCUCGUUUGGAGUUUGGCGAUGACGUGCAAAAGAUCAUCAAGGACGCCAAUCGAAUCGUUCAGUGCAUGAACCGUGACUGGCUGCAGUAUGGCCGGCGACCAGCGGGAAUAUGUGCUGCAGCGCUGUGGAUCGCUGCGCGGAUGAAUGGGUACAAUAGGACCCACCGGGAGGUUGUGACGGUCGUCAAGAUCUGUGAGGCGACCUUGAGGAAAAGAUUGACCGAAUUUUCCCAAACGCCUUCCGCAAACAUGCAAGUCCAGGACUUCGAAGUUCAGGACAUCGAAAACAGCUGGUUGGGAGAAGCUUGUGACCCGCCAUCGUUCACGGCAGGCAAGCGGAAGAAGGCGCCUGGGAGCGACGGCGAGGAUAAUAUAAUGGAAGAGGAGGAGUCGCCCGAAGGAUUGUCGAGUAAGAAAGCAUCAGGGCUGGACCUCGAUGAUAAUGAUGAGGAUGAGGAGGGCACACAGGAGCUGCUGAGUGAACUCAAAGAUAUUCUGGGGAGGGAAGACACGCAAGUCGUGGCCAAGAGCAACAAUGUCAAGGGAUUACUGGAAGACGAGAAUGAGAAACUGUCGGACCUCGACGACGAUCCUGAGAUCCAAAACAUUGUAAGCGUCAGCACUUGGGAAGCGGAGUUGAAAGAAGCGCUAUGGACGGAAGAGAACAAAGACUGGAUUUUGAAACAGAAAUUAAAAGCCAUGGAUGAAGCAAAAGGCCUAACCUCAGUCCCCCGCAAACGCCGCAAAACCGGCAGCACCCGUCAAACCCUCCCGCACGCCUCCAAUCCCGCCGAAGCCACCAAAAAUUUUCUCGACACCAAACCCCGCACUUCCAAAAAGAUCAAUUACGACCUCCUGGACAACCUGUUCGAGGUUGAUGAAGACGAUAUCCUCCGCAAACAGGAACUUGUAGCCAAGGGCGAGCUGAGACAUGUUGAGGGGAGUGUCACAGGGUUUGGGAGGGGAGCUGUUGUUGAUGAAGAUGAGGAUGAAAGGGAUGUAAAGGGCGGGGUAGGGAAGGGGGAUGAUGCGGACGCGGAGGGAGAGGAGGAGGAGCCCGAGGUUGUGGAGGAGGAUUUCGAUGCGAAUGCUUUGGCGGAGGAGGAGGAUGUGGAUUUCGAGGCGUUUGACCAUGAUCAUGAGCAUGAUGAGUAUGACGACGAGUAG